UAUCGCAGAACACGGCGACAACCCUAGAAAGCAUUCCGCAGUGUUUUGUUGUUUUUUUUUUGUGCAAGCGUCGCAUUAGUUCAGUUCUAGACCCAAAUCGGUGAUAUAUAUCCUUCACAUAUCCGAUUGCAACGACGGAGGAGACACAGAUCAGUCCAUACGAUCCCGUGACAAGGGUUCUGCCCGCAGAAACAACCUCAAACAGCUGAGUAAGGAACAAAGGAAGACCAUCACACAAACACACACACACACUCACGCAGAGGCACGCACUCGACAGAGGGAGCAAGCGAGACGGGGCGAGACUAGAAGAGCGCGAGCGAGAAAGAGAGGGAGCAAAAUGGGACGCAUAUUUCUGGAGCACCUGGGCGGCCUGAAACUCUUCAAUUGCGCCCAGUGCCACACAAACCUGACCAACCGCAGCCAACUGAUCAGCACCCGAUUCACGGGCGCAACAGGACGCGCCUAUCUGUUCAAGCGAGUGGUCAACCUGACCUUCAGCAACAUCCAGGAACGGGUCAUGCUCACCGGCCGCCACAUGGUGCGCGACGUCAUGUGCAAGAACUGCGGCGCCAAGCUGGGCUGGAUGUACGAGUUCGCCACCGAGGAGUCCCAAAAGUACAAAGAGGGCCGCGUGAUCCUGGAGUACGCCCUCAUCACCGAGGCGGAGGGCUUUCCCUCGGAGGCAGCCACUACGAGUCAUUGAGCCAAUCGAUCAGCCAGCCAGCCGGAAAACGAGAAGCACGCAUUGGCGAACCGUGUGUAGCCCUAAGUAUUGAGCAGACGGCCACAGGCGAUGGCCGCUAUGCAUUAGACCUAGUUUAGAGAUCGCCGUAGUCGUAGAUUGCCGGCUCCGGGGUCUCCGGCACGGAGCUCCUACGCACCUACGCCUACGGCUCUGUCUUAACGUGACUUAAACGUAGUUAUAGGCACAUCUAGCACGUAAGCAGCUGCGGCGCCCGAUUCUACCAUUUAAAUGUCAUGAGGCUGAAGUGCUGAAAGAGAGAGAGGGGUCCCACUGGACUGUGAACACUUGUGUCUUUCUCAAACAAGAUCUCUAGACCGUAAUCAAUCACCAAUCAAUGAAUCAAUCAAUCAGCAAUAAAGUACCACAAUAAUCGAAUAGUAGACAAUAA